GGUGGCGUCACUACGUCGGCCGGGGCCGGUGGCGGGAAGGUGUUGUGGUGACAAUGGAAGUGGAGGAGAAUGGAACUGCCCCGGCCCCGGCCCCGGCCUCGGGCUCGGCCCCGGCCUCCGCUCCCGGCAAGGCCCCCGGGACUCACUACGAGCUGCCCUGGGUUGAAAAGUACAGGCCGAUGAAACUGACUGAAAUAGUGGGGAAUGAGGAUACCGUGAGCCGCUUGGAGGUCUUUGCAAGAGAAGGAAACGUGCCCAAUAUUAUCAUAUCUGGUCCUCCAGGAACUGGUAAAACAACCAGCAUUCUGUGCUUGGCCAGGGCCUUGCUGGGUCCUUCCCUGAAGGACGCUGUUCUGGAGCUGAAUGCUUCCAACGACAGGGGCAUAGACGUGGUGAGGAAUAAGAUCAAGAUGUUUGCCCAGCAGAAGGUCACCCUCCCCAAAGGCCGGCACAAGAUCAUCAUCCUCGACGAAGCAGACAGCAUGACUGAUGGAGCACAGCAGGCCCUGAGGAGGACGAUGGAGAUCUAUUCCAAAACAACCCGCUUUGCCCUCGCCUGCAACGCCUCGGAUAAAAUCAUAGAGCCGAUUCAGUCGCGCUGUGCUGUCCUGCGGUACACGAAGCUGACCGACGCCCAGGUGCUGGCCAGGCUGAUGGCGGUCAUCGAGAAGGAGAAGGUGGAGUACACCGACGACGGGCUGGAGGCCAUCAUCUUCACGGCCCAGGGAGACAUGCGGCAGGCAUUGAACAACUUACAAUCCACCUAUUCUGGCUUCGGCUUCAUCAACAGUGAGAACGUGUUCAAGGUGUGCGACGAGCCCCACCCCCUGCUGGUGAAGGAGAUGCUGCAGCACUGCGUGAGCGCCAACAUCGACGAGGCCUACAAGAUCCUGGCCCACCUCUGGCGUCUCGGCUACUCCCCAGAAGAUGUCAUUGGCAACAUUUUCCGCGUGUGUAAAACCUUCCAGAUGCCCGAGUACCUGAAGCUGGAGUUUAUCAAGGAGAUCGGCUACACGCACAUGAAGAUAGCGGACGGGGUGAACUCCCUGCUGCAGAUGGCCGGCCUGCUGGCCAAGCUCUGCCACAAGACGCUGGCGCCCGCAGCCAGCUAGAUCCGGGGAGCCGGCACGGGGGCUUCAGGCAGCCCCCCUCUUCUGCCCCGGGCCGGGGCCGCCUCCUCCCGGGCUCAAGUGGCCAAGCCCGGCUUAGGAGGGUCGCUCCGUGGGAACCGGGCCUCUUCUUGCUGUCCAUGAGACAAGGACCGGACAUUUGCCCCGAAGGGGGGUGACCUUUAACAAGGGACGGCUGGGACAGGCUGGGCCCCCCCACCCUCCGCCUUGUUAGAAUGUCAAAAAUAAAUAUCAGAAUUUGGAGAAUC